CCCGGGAGGAGGGAGACGGGCGAGGGCCAGGAACUGGGAAGGUGGGGCUGCGAAGGCGACAGAGACCCAGAGGAGAGGGUGGGAAGCAGCGCCGCCUCAUUUCUGUGGCUCUUGGGGGGCGAGGAGGAGGGUCCCCCUGAAUUGGGGUUUUUCUCCAUCCCAGCCACGCCACACCCACAGGAGCCACUGCGAAAGACCUGCAUCUUUUCUCUCCCUCCGCCACCCCCUUCUUUCUACUUUCUACCUGCCAACCAGCUCUAUUAUGAAUUCACUAGCCAAUCUUGAAAAUUUGCCAUUUAAAAGACGGCCAAAUUUAAGGUUGCCAGAUUUAAAAGACGGUUAAAGCUGUUUGGAAAAAACCGGGGUGCCCCUUGCCCUGGCACAAUAUGUUAGGAAAUGGCCUUUCCUGGCAAAAGCAUUUCUUUAGCAAGAACUCUAGUGCUCCUGGCUCUUUUUUUCUACCUAGGCAACCAUUUUAACUUGUUUACCUUAUUAAUCCCUUGGGCAAGCUGACUGGCAGAACAGCUAGCAUAAGAUUUCUCUAAAAGUCUUUAUGGUGCAGUAGUUGGUUAUUUAAAAGCAGCAGGAGGAAGAACCUGUAGUUGGAUAAAAAGGCAUGCAUGCAAUACCAACAGUCUAAAAGCAGGGAAGGUUUCCUCUUAGCAUUGGUAAGGAGCAGUUGGAGCCAGGUAAACAUCUCCAGAAAGUACAUUCUGGCUACCACAACUCAGAAGGCCUUAUCGUAGGCCUAUUCCCACCUUGCUUUCUAAAGGUAUCAGACAAAUUUUAAUGGCCUAUCGGGUUGCUGAGGGAAUAGAUGGUCCUUGCAGUUCUAUACAUCCCUACUUUGAAGCCAAAUUUGAGUACAGUACUUAUACACACUUAUGUGUACCAUAUAUAGAACUGCUGCCUUGAUGCUCUUUGUGCAUAUUACGGUAAGUUCCAUACAACAAUUGUUCCUCUCACCAAAAUGAAACAUUCUGCAAUCUCUGUGUGUAAACCUGAUACGUAGUUUAAUAUUUACAAUGUAAAGUUGAUAAACUUACAUUGAGAGCAGGACUAAAAAAAUUGUAUGUCCAAAAAGAAAAGCUUCCAUCUCUAUUUAAGAGAGCCAAAUACUCAGCCAACUCUGCUCCAGAGGUUUUUUUUAAUGCCUUCAAACAUUUUCUUUAAAAGCAACAACAACAACAAAAACCCAACCAAGUUACCCCAGACACUGCAAGCAAGGAGGGUUUUUUUUUUUUUGCCUUGAGUGUGUUAUGUUCAUACUUGAUUUUGCAUUGGUAACAGCUUGCGGGUGUAAACGGUGUGAUUUUCAAAUUCCUUCUCUUUCCCACCCCACCCUUCUGAAAUUGGCAGAGUCGCAUAACCCUGGAAAACUUAAGCUGCAUUUGCUGCAUACUUAAGAAUGGUGUGAACAUUUGAGAUGGCCGCAGCCAUUGCACAUGUGCAGAUGACAGUUUCAUGAAUAGGAGCUUGGGGGAUGGGGUUGCAGGGAUGGGGAAAUCAAAAUGUCUAUGCAAAUGUGCCCUGAAACACAGUGGGAUGAAAUAACCUCACUGUGUUUUAAGUCACCAAUAUGAACAUACCCAUAAUAUUAGAAAAUGAGAGGUGUCCUUCAUAUUGUGCAUCUUAUAAAUACUUUUCUGUCUUACUUUAGUAACAGAAUCUUUUAAAAUAUGUAUCAAUCUAAAAUUUUGAGCUUGUGCAAGAUCCAUUCUAAGAGCUAAGGAUUGGUUGGUGGUCAGGCACACCAGCCAUUUAUAAAGUGGUAGCAUAAGCAGUCAAGAAAUCUCCUUACCUGGCAAAUAGAAGGGGAAGAAUUUGAGGCAGUGAGAGAUUUUACUUUCUUGGGUUCCAUGAUCAUUGUAGAUGGUGACAGCAGUCACAAAAUUAAAAGACACCUGCUUCUUGGGAGAAAAGCAAUGACAAACCUAGACAGCAUCUUAAAAAGCAGAGACAUCACCUUGCCAACAAAGAUCCAUAUAGUUAAAGCUAUGGUUCUCCCAGUAGUGAUGUAUGGAAGUGAGAGCUGGACUAUAAAGAAGGCUGAUCGCCGAAGAAUCAAUGCUUUUGAAUUAGGGUUCUGGAGGAAACUCUUGAGAGUCCCAUGGACUGCAAGAAGAUCAAACCUAUCCAUUCUGAAGGAAAUCAGCCCUGAGUGCUCACUGGAAUGACAGAUCAUGAAACUGAGGCUCCAAUACUUUGGCCACCUCAUGAGAAGAGAAGACUCCCUGGAAAAGACCCUGAUGUUGGGAAAUACAGUGAUAUCUCGACUUACGAACGACUCGACAACCAAAUUUUUCGACUUACAAAUGGGGCAAAUGGCAGCACUCUUAUGAAUGUCUCUACAUCCAAAAGGAAACCGCAGCAGUUUUAGAUAGGGUUGCUUCGACUUACGAAUUUUUAGAUAGGAUUGCUUCAACUUACGAAUUUUUCCGUUUCCAAUGCAUUCCUAUUGGAAAUUGCAUUUCCAAUGGCGCUUUUCGACAUACAAAUUUUUCAACCUAUGAAGGUGCCUUCGGAACCGAUUAAAUUCAUAAGUCGAGGCACCACUGUAUUGAGGGCACAAGGAGAAGGGGACGACAGAGAACGAGAUGGUUGGACAGUGUUCUCGAAGCUACCAACAUGAGUCUGACCAAACUGCGGGAGGCAGUGGAAGACAGGAAUGCCUGGCGUGCUCUGGUCCACUAACCAACUAAACAACAAUGUGGUUUUCAGUAGGGCAGAUAGUAUUGGGGUAGCCAUGGGAGCAGGGCCUAUGGUAGAAACUGCUUGAGGCAGUUUGACUGGAAUAACCUAACUAUCAAUUUAGGUAACCAUAGUGGGGUAAAAUGACUUUGGGGGGUUUUGUUUCAGGAGGAUCUGCUGUGGUAUUUUGAUCCUUAACAGGGCUUUGAUUUUCUAUAGCUUUUCCCCCGUACUGCAAUAUAUCUUCAACACAGGAUGUGUGUGAGCUGAACCACAGUAGGGACAAUUCUACCAUAAAGCUAGCAUGAGAGGUAUCAGCAGUCAUGUUUUUUUCUGUUUGUUUGGACACGUUACUUUCACUAACAGGAGAAACAACAGAGAUGAUAUCAUUACUUGAAAUAUAAAGGUGACUAUGUUCCUUUGCACAAGUAUACUUUACUCACUAGAGUAUCCUUUCUGAUUAUAGAAUGAAAAUAAACAUAGACAGGAGGUGCAAUCAGUUGAUUUUUUUAAAUCAGAAAUUGGUGUGCAUAAAGUCUUGAGUUUAGUCCUUGUUAUGGGUGUACUUAGUUCUCGGUAGCCUGGUGCUGCAAGUCAUGCAGUCAUAUUCUAUUUAUUUUGGACUGGAUCUUUAACUUUGGACUGGAUGCUUUAACUUAAGUUAGUUGAACUUUGGUCUCAUUGAAUUCAGUGCGAACAAUAAGUCAUGGUUUAAGUUAUGUCCCCUUGAUUUCAAUGGAACUUUCAGUUAAAUUAACCUAGUGUGAAUCUAGCCCUUUGAGUUGGUACAGAAAUUAGGUGUUUAAUAAUAUCUGUCAUUUAUGGUGUUUCUCACUCUAAGAUUAUUUUCUCUAGGUUCAUUCCAGCCAACAAAUGAAAUGAUGCUCAAGUUCUAUAGCUUUUAUAAGCAAGCAACUCAAGGACCCUGCAGUAGUCCAAGACCUGGAUUCUGGGAUCCUAUUGGUAGAUACAAAUGAUUCUUGAAACAAUGCCAAUGACAGACAAGGUUGAAGAACUCCUACAUGUAAUAGGCCCAUUCUAUGAAAUUGUUGAGGAUAAAAAGACCAGAGGAUCUGGCAUAAUAGCAGACCUUGGAUAUUCCAUAACAUCUAUGCCAGCUGUGAAUGGCAAAUCUGAAAGCAGCGACAGCGGAGCAGAGUCAGAGGAGGAACCCCAUCAGGAAGAAAUAACAGAGCUAAAGCAGGUUGAAAAAGAAAGUGAGAGUCUGGGACCAGAUUUGAUGCCUGCUCAGGAGCUGGACUGUGUUGUCGCCAAUGGCUGCUGUGAAGAUGUCCCGAAUACUGACAUUCACAAUGGCAUACAGACUAAAUCUGCUCUGAAUGGUAUAAAUGUGGAUGAAGAAGUAAAGAAGAGAGACAAACGCCUUGAACUACCUAUAAUUUCUAAUUUUGGGUCUUCUCACCAAGGUGCAAAUGAAGAUACCGCUGAAGAGGUCUCUGGCAUUCAGCACUUGACAAGCGAUUCGGAUAGUGAAAUAUACUGUGAUUCUAUGGAGCAGUUUGGACAAGAAGAGAUAUUGGAGUCAACGAAAGGAUUUUCAAAACAUCCAUUACAUUUCUCAGAAGUAGACCACAGCAGUCUGCUGGGUGCUUCUGGUUUUCUUGAACUUGGAAACUACAAGACAGAUGGUAUAAUGGUGGCUGCAAUUGAAGGGAAAGGUGAAGUCAAGUGUGGUGGUGAGGAUGGCAAGGCAAGUGAUGGAGGCCCUCACAAAGAAAAGAAAGGCGGUGAAAAGGUGGAUUUCUACGGAAUCAGAAGAGGGAGAGGUCAUAGAAUGCACCCUUUGGGUGAUGGUGCCCAAGGUGGACAAAUGGGUAGUGGAGGAGAUGGAGAACGAUGGGGGUCAGACAGAGGACCAAGAAGUGGCCUCAAUGAACAAAUUGCAGUAGUGCUUAUACGAUUACAAGAAGAUAUGCAAAAUGUCCUUCAGAGAUUGCAUGCAUUGGAAACACUGACAACUUCACAGACAGGAACUGCAACCGUACAUUCAAAUAAUCAGACUCCCUCACCUGCUAAGAGACCUUCCUGGUGGCCGUUCGAGAUUUCUCCUGGUACUUUAGUCUUUGCUGUUUUCUGGCCAUUUGUUGCCCAGUGGCUGGUACAUGUGUAUCUUCAAAGGAGAAGGAGAAAACAGAACUGAGGAUUCAAUUCCUGAUUUUACUUAAGGACUGCUAACAGGGAGACCCUGGAAGGUGAAGUAAUUUAAGAGACCUGCAAGAACUGCAGAUGCUAAGAUGGCUACAUCUUUCUUCUAUUUUUCCCCUUUUGCACUACCUGGCAUACUUUACUUGAAUGGUCCCUUUCUCUUAGGUUACAAAUAAAUACAACUAUCCCAUCCAGCAACCACAUGAACCCUAAAUGAAUUGUUUUGGAAUGUACUUUUUGGAUUAACAGUCUGUAGAGUUGAAGGCUAUUACUGCAGCAUCUACUGGGAGUGUUUCUUCUUCCCAGAGCUGGAAUGAAGAAGUUCCUUCAAUUAAUGAAAAACAACAAAACAAUAAUGAAAGCCUGUGAAUUGUUACUUUUAACACGAUUUAUUUUAUAAUGCCGCAGACGACUUUCCACAUAGCAUACAAAAUAUACAAUAAGCAGUGGAAACUUUAAAGUCUGGAAUAGUCCCAAGUAUCUGGAUUGUAUGACUGCAAUUAACAUUGUAGCUCUGGGAGAUCUAAUAUAUAAAUUGCUGCUACAUAGAUGAGGUAGUUUUUUAAGGAAACAAAUCAAGUGUUUGAAGCUGUAGAUUGUACUUCCAUGGGGACCAUCAGUGCUUCUUUUAAAAACCAAGUCAAGCAUCUUAAUUUGUUAGAACAGCAGUCAGAGUUUGAAUAUGGCACGAUAGAUUCAGAACUCAGUACACAGAAUAAAGUACGUAAAAUGGCCCUGGCACCCCCUAACCUACAUUGUCAUAUUGAAAUCAAUGGGACAAGAAUGUAAGUACAGUUUAUUGUAAAUAGUCCUUAAUGUUCAGUUUCAGAAGUUGCAUAGUAUUAAUUUAGAAGGUGUUCAAAAUGCAUGUUAAAAGGCCACAUUGCUGCCCCAGGAAAUGUAUAGAAACAGGCUGUUGUGAAUGGAUUGAUUCCAGUGCUAGGGUAAUAGGAAGCUGCUGCUGCUGCAGGAAAAUCCUGCAUCCAAUACCUUAAAUGUGACUAAGCUGUGCUACAUCUGCAGGCUAGACCUGGUAAAAGGGCCUCUAUUAUAUAUUUUCUCACAAGGGUUAUAAACCUAUGACUAUUACCAAAUACAGCAGGUGAGGCUUGUAUGAUUGAAUGUUCCUCCAUACCAGAAAUUCCACAUUAUUUUAACUAAAAAAGAGAGAGAGCUUUUCCUACCAUGUUUCUGUGUGGAGGAUUUUUUAAAAAAAUUGGGACAAGCAUUCAGUCUUCCCAUCUUCUGUCAGAAGUAGUGACAGUCCUGGCACAGAUUCAGCUGGUGUCAGUGUAAUUUUGCCCCUCAACGUUAGCCCCUUCCUGCUCCCAUGGCUAAUAAGCACUGUCAGCUUAGACCACUGUGUGUGUCUCUGCAUGUGCACACAUGCACAUGUGAGUACUCUAAAGCAGCAGUUGACACCCAAUCUUUUGUUGCAUUUGCAGCUUAGGGCCAUUGCUUUUUAAAACUUUUAGGGCAAUAUUUCUUAUCUUUCUUUUGUUUUGUUUUUUUACAUACCUAAUUGCUGCAGCCUUUUCUCAUACCCGGGCCCUUUACAAGUGCAAGUCCCUUUUUUAAAAACACUUUCAAGACAAUUUUAGCAUUGUCACUUUAUUAGAUUUCUACUUAAUUGAUUAGAUACCUAUUUGAAUAUAACAGCCUGAUAAUUUCAGUAGUAACAUCUCAGACUACAACUAGAAGGGACUUUUCUAUAGCAAACGAGAAAGCUAGCAAUUAACUAACAUUACAUUUUGUUAUAUGAUGUUAUAAAAAUCAACCUAAAGUGAUUGCUUUUCAGUUUGUGUAUUGAAAAAAACGUUUGUGUAUAGAAAAAGGUAUUCUAGACCUGUGAAAAGAGCAGCAACUCCAAAGCUGAUUACUCUUUCAAUGAACCUACUGCAGUCAACUGACCUACUUUAAAGUAAUUCCUGGAUUGUGACAUUUUUUGCACUGUGUAACUCUUCGGAGUGAUGCAUUACAGAAAGCUCAUGGGCAGUGUUGCAUCUGCUCUGAUGGCAAGGUCUUGAAGAAAAGCACCUUCAUACCUGUUAUAUUCUAUAUAAAUAAUGUAAUUACAGGAGUUAGAAUUUCUGCCUUGUUUACUAUAACAUGAUUUUGAAGUUUAGUUUUAAAAGUUAGUUCAUCUUAAUCUACUGUAAAUAACAUUUAAUAAAGAAUGACAGGAGCAUUAUCCAAGGACA